AUGGCACCCUCAACGCCCAUGCAGGAUGGCCAGUCUGAUUCUUUACCUCCGACCAUCGCCGCUUUCUCCCCUUCUACCAUCUCCGGCUCAGCCCUAACCUCGCGGCAACGCUCCAGCGUCAUCGUGCAUCGCAAAUCACCACUGUUGGUGGCUACGCCGCCAUCCAUCACCAGGGCCCUCGCCUACUCCCACCCAUUCCUCUUACCACUGAAUAAACUCGUCGGCCUAUUAUCAUGGACAACAGGGGAUCCAUGGCAGAGCUUCCUAUUGGUAGCCACCUUCUGGACAGUGGUGCUAUACAGCGAUGCCAUCAUCCUCUGGGCGGGCCCGAUUCUCGUCGUCAUCAGCCUGAUCCUCGGCAUGUAUGGACGGCGCUAUUCACCCCUCUCAUCAACAACUUCCACAGGCGAAAAACACCCGGGGAAAACGUCGACAGAUACCACGACUCGCCAUCAAAAAAGCUUGGACGAUAUCGUUGAGACUCUGCGUACUUUCACAACGCGGUGUAAUAUCCUACUCGAACCUCUGCUCGAUUUGACCGAUUUCCUAUCCACACAACGCACAGCAACAUCCGCUACGACUCGUCCUGCGUUGACUGCUCUCUUCCUCCGUAUCCUAUUGGUGACGCCCAUCUGGAUCGCUUUAACUCUCCCUCCCUUUUACAUAAUUACCACCCGCCGCGUCGUGAUGAUCGUCGGCACUAUAAUUCUCACAUACCACUCGCGCCCGGCCCGAGUAUCCCGCGUCAUUCUCUGGCGCUCCCGUGCUGUACGCCGUCUAUGCGGCAUGAUCACCGGUCUUUCGGUGGCAGAUGGGCCGAGCGCGACAAAGACACAAGCCCAGGGCCAGGGUCAGGGCCAGGGUCUGAAUAUUGCGACUCGCCGGCGUGGAGAUGCUUCCGGGGUCCGAUUUACUUUUGUUGUGUACGAGAACCAACGGCGCUGGCUUGGAAUCGGGUGGACUUAUUCCUUGUUCCCGGCUGAACGGGGUGCCUGGACUGAUGAACACUUGAAUUCUGUUCCGGCGAAGGACUCGUUUGAACUUCCUGAUGUUCAGACUGGUGGUUCUAAGUGGCGCUGGGUGGAGGGAAGUGAGUGGCGCAUCGAAGGUGCGGAUAACUCUGCGAACGGCAAGGAUUCCAAGGCGUCUAAUGUUGAGGGAUGGAUCUACUAUGAUAAUAAGUGGAAUGACGGACGCCGUGGCCAAGAUGGCUGGGACCGAUAUACACGCCGAAGGAAGUGGUACCGCGACGCCGAACUCGUCGAACUCCAACAAGAAAACAACGAGACUUCUGAAGAAAACGUCUCAGCCUUAACCCAGGCCCUAGAAAAGGAAAAGGAAAAAGGAACCAACAAAGAGAAAGACUCCGAACAAGAACCCACCCCCAGCACCAGUGCCGGCCUUUCCAACUCCACACCUCUCAAAUCCCGCCGCCGACGCUGGUUCAGCAGCGGCAGUAAGGAAAAGGAUCGCGCCAGCAUUGGUGGCGCCGGCGGCGACGCUGGCGGAACCUCCGCUGCUGAUGUCGGUCGAUCUACCAGCUCGAAUCCGAAUGCGAAUUCGAAUGCGGCGCCUUCAGCGGACGGCCCUUCUUCGGACGGUAGUGCACGUGCCACACCCCCACGCCCGAUCAGCACCAAUUCUCGCAAACCGUCGCAUCAUAGUGGGCGCGAGGGAAGUGCUAUGACGAGCGAUAGCGCUAGUACUCGCGAAAAAGAGAUUGCUAGUUCGCAGGAUCGACUUGAUCGCUGGGGGAUGCGUGCUGCUGGUGGUACGGAGAGGGCGGAGCGGGAGUUUGGAUUGAGUGAUGAGGUGAAUAUGGGAUUGAGUUGA